AUGUCCGAAAUCGAUCGCACUUUGGAAAACUUUUUGGACGAGGAAGAUGAACUAUCCAGUGAUGCAGACCUAUCAACCCCGGCAUCACGCUCUGGUUGGAUAUUUCUGCUAGAUUGUACUCCGACCAUGAUGGGACUGGAUAAACACGGUUCAACGAAUCCCACUGGGUUUCAGCUUGCUCUGCGAUGUUGCCAGACGGUCCAGCAAAACAAAGCUAUUGCUUCGCCUAAAGACAUGGUAGGACUGGUGUUUAUGCGAACGAAGAAGUCGUCCUCUUCGGAUCUGAAGAACAUUUACAUCGUACAGCCUUUGGACACUGUUAACGCCCCGCGUAUACUCGAGCUGGAUGCAAUGCUGAAAUUGUCCCCAACCGAAUUGAUGUCCCGUUACGGUGCACUGGACAAAGAGCCGUUUGAUUUUCAUCACGCUUUAUGGACAUGUCAAAAUAUGUUCUCCAACAGCACCAAAUCGAUGGGAUAUCGCCAUAUCUUUUUGUUUACUGAUGAUCCAGAUCCGGUGAACGGAAGGCUACACGCCAAACGCCAAGCCCUCGCCAAGGUGUCCGAUUUGCAUCAGUCUGGCAUUGUCUUUGAAGUGCUGCCCAUCAAAGUUGAAGGGGUUACAUUCGAUUUUGCUUUGUUUUACCAGGUGAGCACUGUUGAAUGCUAUUGGAUACUUUUGGUUUGA